UCCUUCUCCCCCGCGCAUGCACACGCCCUGUGACAGUGAAAAAAAGUUGGCUGCUGCAACAAGAAGUUAAAUCACGGAAAAGAUAUGUGUUGCUGCCCCAUCUAGCUCAGAGGAAAAAGGAGCUCCUGCACUUAUUGUCUUUUCUUCCCUUCCUAACUCAAACCUAACGAGAUGGAGUCAGCCAUUAAGACACUGGUGACCACAUUUAUUAGUUGCAGCAAAGGCAAGGAAAGUAUGGAUGGGAAGUCCUUUCAGAAGAUGGUGAAGAAUCACCUCGGUGGUGUUAUGGAGGACGCAAACAGCUCAGCGGCCAUCAAGGAGAUGCAGAACGGCCUGGACGAGAACAGAGAUGGAAGGGUUGGCUUUCAGGAAUACCUCACUCUGAUUGGCUACAUUGCCAAGGCGGUCAGCGACAGCAAGUGCAAUCAAGCUGCAACCAAUGCAGCAGCGUCAUAGACAUUGACUCAAAAAAAAAAAAAAUGGGGCCAUGUUGCUUUGUUUUGUCCUUCAUUUUAUUCAAGGCCACACAGUUAACCUUCCUGUUAUAUCAACAAUCCUCCUAACAUGCUAACAUUCCAUCCUAUAGUCAUUUCUCCCUUAAGAAAACAUUGACGAACCUAAUGCCGUAGAUACAAUUAAACCUUUAUACUGAUAUUGCA